UAGGGAUGGAGAAGGCGGUUUCGUAACAGCCUACAUCAUUUCUGUCAAAAGUGAAAAAAAAAACAAAAACAUUUUGAAGCCGGAAAACACACGGAAUGCAUACUGAUUUAGCCGCACAUUUGCAUACCCCGGCCUGCAAUAAACUGAUCGAGGAGCUUAAAGCCUGUCACGAGAAUCACGCAUUUGCCAAAUUCAUAGGCGUGUGCAAUUCAAUAGACGAUAAGGUGGUCAAGUGCCUUAAAGGAGAACGUAUAGCUCGCUCUGCUGCAAACCGUGCCAAAGCCAUUGAGCGCCAAGCCAAGUACAAGGAGAAAUUACAACAGGGAGAGGGUCAAUCCAAUUAA